UCACUUGCCGACUGCUAUAUAAUCUUUCUACGCCAACGCCUUCAAAUUCAUCUUCUUGAAUCCAUUCUUACAUUGUAUUCUAAGAUUUGUUCGAGUUUUCUUUUUCACAAUGUUUCUUGAGGCAAUUUCUGCUGUUUCGUGUUCGGGUUUAGGAACCUUUUCGAAUUCGAAUACCAUUUUGAGCCCAUCAUCUUCUAAUUUGAAUCUUGUUUUGCCAAAAAAGCGUGGAAAUGGGUUCGUAGUUUACGCUGAAAAGGCUAGUGUGCCACUAACAGGUGUGGUGUUUCAGCCAUUUGAAGAGGUUAAGAAAGGUGAUCUCAUGGUCCCAAUAGCUCCUCAGCUUUCACUUGCCCGCCAGAGGUUUUCGGAAGAGUGUGAGGCUGCAAUUAAUGAACAAAUCAAUGUGGAGUAUAAUGUGUCGUAUGUGUAUCACUCCAUGUACGCGUACUUUGACAGGGACAAUGUUGCUCUUAAAGGCCUUGCCAAAUUCUUUAAGGAGUCCAGUGAAGAGGAAAGAGAACACGCCGAGAAACUAAUGCAGUACCAGAACAUACGAGGAGGAAGAGUGAAAUUACAUACCAUUACAAUGCCCCCGGCAGAGUUUGAUCAUAUUGAGAAGGGUGAUGCACUAUAUGCAAUGGAGCUUGCUUUGUCCUUGGAGAAGUUAACUAACGAGAAACUUCUGAACCUACACAGUGUGGCCGAUCAAAACAACGAUCCCCAGAUGGCAGAUUUUAUAGAGAGCGAAUUUUUGGAAGAGCAGGUUGAAGCGAUUAAGAAAAUUGCAGAAUAUGUUACUCAAUUAAGGAUGGUUGGGAAAGGACACGGAGUAUGGCACUUCAACCAGCAGCUCCUUCACAAUGGCAACGGUGCAGUAUGAAGAUGCCUCGUAUUGUUUGUUUUCUGUCUCCAUGUAUCAGUUCUGAGUUGUAAUAAGUGUUAGUUCGACUUUCUAUUUUCUAGACAAUGUUGUAGAUUGGAUCAAAACCUGAAGCUUUGUAAUGUCUGUAAAAUAGAAAACCUUGUACUAGAAUAAUGUUUGAUUAAUCUUUGUUUAAAGAUAAUGCUCUAUUUACUAAUCUUA